UACUUGUUUGUUUUACAGAUAUAUCAUCAAAUAUACACUCUGAUUAGCCCUGGGUAACAUCAGAAGGAAUAUGUGAACAUAGAGAGGAAGUCAUCAGCGAGCUUUCGGGAUUUUAUGUGGCUUUCCUGUCAGAGCUGUUAGCACUAUUUGUGUGAUACAUGUUCUUCCUAGCUCUUCAUAAUCAAUACAGUAUUUUCUUUACCAUAUAAAAGUUUGGACGGUCUUACAAGACGUAACACUUACCGGACACUGCGGAUACCGUGUUUUCUCUCAGGGCAGACCAUUCUUGAUGAGGGAUGUUCAAAAAGCUUCUAGCUGUCCUGAUUGGUUUAGUCCUGGGUUACUGGUUGAUAGAUGACUUUAAUCCAGAGUCGGUGAAGGGAAAACGUGUAUUGGUCACAGGUGCGUCUACGGGUAUAGGGGAACAGAUCGCAUACCACUAUGCCAAACUUGGUGCGAACGUUGUCAUCACUGCUCGCAGAGAAAAACGGCUGCAAGAGGUGGUUGCUAAAUGUCGGGAGUAUGGGUCCGGGAACCAGGUGUUUGGUUAUGUGCCAGCUGACAUGCUACAGCUGAACAACACUGAACAUGUGAUAAAGGAAGCAGUUGAGCUACUUGGAGGUCUGGACAUCAUUGUGUUAAAUCACAUCAUCCUGCUGGACCUCGGUGUGUGGACUGGUUCCCAGCAUAAUGUCUCCCUGGUGGACAAAGUGACAAAAGUCAACUACCAGUCCUACGUCUACCUCGCCUCAUAUGCUCUACCUCAUCUUGAAAAAAGCAAAGGCAGUAUUAUAGUCGUGUCCUCGUUGGCUGGCAAGCUCGGCCAGCCUUUUGUGUCCAUCUACUCAGGGUCAAAGUUUGCACUGGACGGAUUCUUUGGAGGACUUCGUCAAGAGCUUUUACUACGUAACUGUGAUAUCUCUGUGACCACCUGCGUCCUUGGCUUAAUUGGCACAGACAAUGCUAUUGGUCAAUUGCGGGACUUCGGUCAAACCUUCUUACUUGCCUUCGUAAAAGCGGAGUCUCCCAGCGACACGGCGCUAGCAAUAAUCAAGGCGGGUGCCCGGCGUGUUCGACAGAUGUAUUAUCCACUUAUACCAGUCUAUCCUAUGACUUUAUUUAGGGACUGGUUUCCAGAAACUUGCGAAUAUUUUAACAGAAUUGUUUAUACUUUGAAUUCCUAGUAUUAGUAUUUAAUAAUGUCUAUGUAUCGAACUCCUGGAGGUGAUUCAUGUCAGUUUGUAAAUAUUUACUCAUCUUGCAAUAAUUGUAUUGGUUUUGACAUAACAAUGAAUGUUUUUGUGUUUGUUAGAGACAAACUUACUGUACAAUGUAUGUUUUUGUGUUUGUUAGAGGCAAACUUACAGUACAAUGAAUGUUUUUGUGUUCGUUAGAGCCAAACUUACAGUACGAUGUAUGUUUUUGUGUUUGUUAGAGCCAAACUUACAGUACGAUGUAUGUUUUUGUGUUUGUUAGAGCCAAACUUACAGUACAAUGAAUGUUUUUGUGUUUGUUAGAGCCAAACUUACAGUACAAUGAAUGUUUUUGUGUUUGUUAGAGCCAAACUUACAGUACAAUGAAUGUUUUUGUGUUUGUUAGAGCCAAACUUACAGUACAAUGAAUGUUUUUGUGUUCGUUAGAGCCAAACUUACAGUACAAUGAAUGUUUUUGUGUUCGUUAGAGCCAAACUUACAGUACAAUGAAUGUUUUUGUGUUCGUUAGAGCCAAACUUACAGUACAAUGAAUGUUUUUGUGUUUGUUAGAGCCAAACUUACUGUACGAUGUAUGUUUUGUGUUUGUUAGAGCCAAACCCUGUGUAUGAUAUGCACAUACUUUAACUUUAUCCAUAACUGAAGUAAACAAAAGUCAAGAUAAGAUCAGUUGUUAACAUCUGACCAAGGUCAGUUCACAACUCUAAAUCAAAGGGCAGUAACUCUGAUUUUAGCUGUUGUUGAGUUAUGCCCCUUGAUUUACUGAAACAAGGAACAGAUGGGCAUUGGCAACCACUUCCUGCAUUUAUGUUUGUUAUUGAUAGCUGGUCUGCUUUUUGCAGAAAUAGUCAAGGUAUUGUCAAAGCCUAUGCGGCAUUGAUGUGGCUGUGUGUAAAAUUUUGAUAUCAGGCAUUAAUCACAAUGUGUUACAAUUAUUUGAAUAAAACUUUGUAUACAGUCAUGUUUUCAGAGACGUUGUGCAUGUGUGUAAGAAGGCCCAUAACACUAGCUGCUGUAAUUGUGUCAAUACAGUUUUAUAAUGCCACUUGUUUGAUCGGAUAAGGAAACUGAUUUCAACCUCUUGCAGUGGUCAACAUUAUAUUUUGUCCAAUGAGACAGCAGUAUCUUUUUAAUUACCCAAUACAUUUAUUUCAGUAAAUCUGCAUUCAGCCAUUAUUUAUUUUAAUCAUUGGAGUGGUAGAUAUAAACAGUGGCUGGUCCAGUAUCGGUUAGGUUACAUAAUAUAAUGUUGAUCACUAAAAGACUUAACCAUUACACUUUUGUCUUUUUGUUUGUUUUGUAACUUUAUUGUAAAAGUGAUAUAUACCAGUAAUUUACACACAUUUGUUAUACAUAUUAUGAUUUUAAGCUUUAUAUUAAUAAUUACCAGAUUUUACAACAUCGAAGCAGUAUGUUUAUAAUAUUAUUUACUGACAUAUUUUAAACCCUAGCCUAGAUAUACAGUAUUUUGAGAAAUCAUGUUUUAACUUUUGGGUUGGAAUUUAAGUUAAUUGAAAUGAACAUUUUUGAAGUUAAUAAAAUUAUGUCACAUUACAUAAAAAAGAUCAGUAAUGAAAUUGAUGUAUUUAUUACAUUUAUUUCAGGUAAGGUUAUUUUAGACAAUUGUGUUAAUUUAUUGUUUUUAUUGGAAUUUAAUGUGUUCUUUUUUGUUUUUAAUAUUUCGCCCUGAUAUAACCUGUUAUUAUCUGCUGUGAACAUGCCAUAUCCCUUGCCGGGUGUGUGCAGGGGAUCCCCCAGAAUGUUUAUCAAUCCCCUGGUCACCGGACAGGGGACAAUUAUCCACCGGAAUAAAACAAACAAGGUAUAAAUUGUUCAUUGACACAUGAUUUAUUGCAGUGAUGAAUAUUUAUCAGCAUGUUAACGGAACAUGUUAACAUUAACAUGUUCUAGAUGAUUAAUUGGAUUACAAAGCGAUAUUGCGUAUCAAGUGUGACUGAAUCCUAAAUUUUGUAGUUGAAUCUGAGAGCAAUAACAAAUUUCAUCCUACUCCUGUCAGAGAUUGUUUUAAUUGUUUUAAUUGUUUUGACAUUCAAAUAUUUGUGUCAAAUUAAUGACACCAUUAUAUAUAUUUAUAUUGAUUGGAAGAAGAGUUAAUUGGUUAAUCUUAACAGUUUUGUUUGCAAUUAUAAUUAAAGAAAUAGAAAGAAAAGUCAACACCAGAAACUCUCUAAAUAUACCUGAAACGUUUAAGUUGUUUGCACAAUUUUAAGACCAAUUUGAGGACUUAAUGUAAGACUAUCGUAAAACUUUCUAAUUCUGUAUUCAGUUACAACUGUUUUGCACUAUGCCAUUUAUAAUUGUUCCAAACUACUCACUUAAAUUAAUUUUCCUUUUUAAAUUCACUAUUUUUUCAUCAAUUUAAGAAAUAAAUGCUAAAUGAACGACAAAACAACAGCGAACAAGUUGGAAAAUGUAUUUGACAUUUUAAAACCUUUCAAACUUUGAACAAUGUACAAAAGUUAUCAUCAUGUACUAGUAUUACCUUAAAUUGAAACAAUUUAUGUCCGUCUAUAUAAACCUAUCUAUUUAAUUUUAUUGAUUUUAGAGCUAAUUUAAUAAAAAAAAAAAAACAUCUGCACACUUUUCUUUAUUCGUAUAACAUAGAUUUAUUUGUUAAGCACAGAAUACUGUGAUUUUAUAAUUGGUUUUGAUAACUUGUUGUUUUUUUAAGGAUAUUUGUUUUAAUUUGUUUUCUUUUGUAUCACAAAAAGCAGUUUAAAAUUUGAAUUUUGAAAUCGAUAUUUUUAAUGCAGAGUUAUACAAUGUUUUAUAGGUAUAAGUAUGUUUUGUGUUUUUUUUGAAACUGAAAAUGUUUUGAGGCAGCCUGAAUGAGGCAAAUGGUGUUUGACGGACUUGCUCAUAUUAUAUAUGGUGACACACCGAAACAAUAAUUUCUAAGAAAGCGUUCUUUCGUAAUUAAUGGCUCAAAAAUGUGACAGAUAAUAUUAAAAACGUUAUUGAAAAUUGAAUCAUUGUAGUCUUCAAUCUGGGUGUAGUAAUCCCAGCUUGAAUAAACAUAUUCUGUUUCAAUGAGUAUCUAUCUGCCAGACGCUGGUUGGUCUUUGUUCAUCAAAGUAAAUAUAAAACUCAAUGUCACCAACUUGAAAUAAAAGUAAAUGUUUUGUAAGCGGGUCCCUUUAAAUUUCACUUAUUAGGAAAGGAAUGGUCCCCAGUAGAAUGUAAUAUAUCUGCAAAUGCAUUAUUCAUUAUUUUGUUGUUAUACUAGUCUGUUCUUCCCUUGUUAAUGAAUGUUUAUGCAACGAAAAAUAAAUAUUGUUCAAAAGUC